UGGAACUUGGUAGUUUGCAGGACGUGUUUUGCUGCUACUUGUCCCAUUUAGAUGGGGUUUAAUUGUAGCUGUCCCAGUUUGUACUAUCACAGGGAAACUUGGCUUGGAAAGAGCCUUUGGAGGAUGUGGCCCAGCUGAAAAGCUUUGAAAUGUACCCAGUGGAAAUGUGGGUGCUGAUGGGGUUCAUCCCUUCUCCCCUCCAAACACAGAGCUGCUGCCUUCCUGGCUGGCGAGGCUGUGCUGUAGGUAUGUGUCCCAUGCCCAGCACCAGAGCUGUUCCAGAUACAAAGAUUCCCUUUGGGAAAAGGGGUUUUGCCUUAAAAAAGGCCUUGUCAGAUCUGUCAGUGUAACUGUUUCUCUGCCUUGUCACUUCAAUCUGACUCAGCAGCUCGAGUCCUGAUUUAGACCUGCAGUGACUCAGCUCGGAGGCUUGCAGCAGCAGCAGCUCAGGAAAUGUUUGGAGCAAAUGCUCUUUGUAACGCAGAGAACUGGGAAGAGCAUCCUCUGGGAAGGAGCAGGGUGAGGUUUCUGAUCCAGUAACAUCAAGAAGCUGUUACAGUCUUGGCGUGGCAGCGAUGACCCUGGAAUUCCAGUUUCUGGCUGAGCUGCCGUAGCUCGUGCUGGCUUUUGCUCAGGCUUUGAGGGCUCUGCUGAGCCUCCAAAGCCAAACUUUCACACUCGUUUUCCUUCCUUUUAAGUGAGACCAUGGCGAGCCCUGCCAAGGACAACUAUCGAAUGAAGAGUUACAAGAACAAAGCCCUAAACCCCGAGGAAAUGCGGCGCCGAAGAGAAGAGGAAGGAAUUCAACUGCGCAAACAGAAACGAGAGCAACAGCUCUUCAAAAGAAGAAAUGUGGAAUUGAUCAAUGAAGAUGCCUCCAUGUUUGAUAGUCUCCUUGUGGAUCCCUACGUCAGUUCCACCACAUGUGGGGAGGGAGUGAUCACAAGAGAGAUGGUAGAGAUGCUUUUCUCAGAUGACCCUGACCUACAGCUAGCAACCACUCAGAAAUUCAGGAAGUUACUCUCCAAAGAGCCGAAUCCUCCAAUAGACGAAGUGAUAAACACUCAGGGAGUGGUGGACAGAUUUGUGGAAUUCCUGAAGAGGAGUGAGAACUGCACACUACAGUUUGAAGCAGCGUGGGCACUGACGAAUAUUGCAUCAGGAACUUCCCAACAAACAAAAAUAGUAAUUGAAGCUGGGGCAGUUCCUAUAUUUAUAGAGCUGUUAAACUCUGACUUUGAGGAUGUUCAAGAACAGGCUGUCUGGGCAUUGGGGAACAUUGCUGGAGACAGCUCUCUGUGUAGAGAUUAUGUCCUUAACUGCGCUAUUCUUCCUCCCUUAUUAAUGCUCCUUACGAAGUCCACCAGGUUGACAAUGACACGAAAUGCUGUGUGGGCCUUGUCAAACUUGUGCAGAGGAAAGAGUCCGCCGCCUGAGUUCGAUAAGGUGUCUCCCUGCCUGCCAGUGUUGUCCCGGUUGUUGUUCAACAGUGACUCUGACCUGCUGGCAGAUGCCUGCUGGGCUCUUUCCUACCUAUCAGAUGGCCCCAAUGAGAAAAUCCAAGCAGUUAUUGACUCGGGAGUGUGUCGGCGACUGGUGGAGCUCUUAAUGCACAACGACUACAAAGUGGCCUCUCCAGCUCUGCGAGCAGUCGGUAACAUCGUGACGGGGGACGACAUCCAGACCCAGGUGAUUCUGAACUGUUCAGCCCUGCCUUGUCUCCUUCACUUAUUAAGUAGUCCCAAGGAGUCGAUCAGGAAAGAAGCCUGCUGGACUAUAUCCAACAUCACAGCAGGAAACAGAGCACAGAUACAGGCAGUCAUAGAUGCAAACAUUUUCCCAGUCCUGAUAGAGAUCUUGCAGAAAGCAGAAUUCCGCACGAGGAAGGAGGCAGCGUGGGCUAUCACCAACGCAACGUCAGGAGGAACUCCCGAGCAGAUCAGAUACUUGGUAAACUUGGGUUGUAUCAAGCCUCUUUGUGACCUGCUGACUGUCAUGGACUCCAAGAUUGUCCAGGUGGCCUUGAACGGGCUGGAGAACAUCCUGAGGCUUGGAGAGCAGGAAGCCAACCAGAGUGGGACAGGCAUCAACCCGUACUGCAGCCUCAUUGAGGAGGCCUAUGGUUUGGAUAAGAUAGAAUUCCUACAAAGCCAUGAGAACCAAGAGAUCUACCAGAAGGCCUUUGAUCUGAUUGAGCACUACUUUGGAGUAGAGGAUGACUCUGCUUUGGCUCCCCAGGUAGAUGAGAACCAGCAGCAAUUCAUCUUCCAGCAGUCCGAAGCCCCCAUGGAAGGUUUCCAGCUAUAAUGUGCCUGGGGCAGGGAACAGAACACCACAAACUCGCUGGAAAGCAACUGAGAGCAGCUGAUCAUCCCAUCCCCUUCUUGCACACGGGAGGCCAAGCACCCACUCCACCUUUAGGAAACAAUUCUUCCUUCAACCAACUAAACCAGUGCUUUGCCCGGACGGAGAGAAGGGGAUGUUCUUACACUUCUUUUUCUUUUUUGCUGCUGCAUCCAUGUCUUUAAAGCAGGCAUCUGGGUGGAGGAAGGACACGGAGGUGGCAAUUGCACCUCUGGGUUUGGGUUUUGGUUUUUUUUUUUCUCCCCUUUGUGGUGAUCUCUUCCCAAAUGUCACUUCUUAACUCGGGUACUUCAUUGAGAUGGCAGCGUUGGGUUGGGUAAGAACACAAGUAGCAGUAAGCGUUCUGACACCAAUAAUUCUGCAAAGCCUGGGUUGAGCUAUUUAAUUUUAUUUUUUGUUUUUUUGUUUUUUUGUUCCUUUUUUUGCACAUGUUACUCUUUAUUAAAGACUCUAAUUUGCCAAGAGCAAA